AUGUAUUUUACUAGAAACAAAUUUAUUGCUCAACCUCCUCCAAAUAUUUUUAAAGCCCAGCCUUGGAAUGGACAGUCAAUUUAUUGAAGCUGAGACACUCAGAUUGUAGAGUUACCUAUUUCAUUAGUUGAUAGUAGGUCCGGAGUCAUUCCAGUACUGUUGCCUCCAACAACAGACAUAAAAAUAUAGUGUAUCAAAUCCCAAACCUCAUUGAAGUCUGUCCUUUGAGCAUAACCAAAUCUAAGAGGACUAAUGAAGCCAAAUUGAAGAGGUUGGGGAAGUCAAGAGCUCCUGUUGCUGAACUUACGGCCAUGGAGGACUCUCCAGCAGACUCAGUCCCUAACCUUGAGAAGGAUUUUCUAGAUGAACUGCCAGCUGAAAUUUUCCAAACUUCCAAAUCCAGUUCUCGGGAAAAGGGAAUUAAAAAUGAAGACGGCUUCGGAGAUGAAGGAAACAUGGACUUUCUGAGAUAUCCAAAGAUAAGACCCCAUUUAUCAUUCAUCAAAGACUUUGCCCAUUCAGUCAGCUACUCUUCCAACAAGUCUCUUGGAAAGAAAAGGAUCUUCCAUUGUGAAUUCGGAGGUUGCUGUAAGUCCUUCGACAAAGUGUGGAACUUCAUCAAUCACGCGAGAAUGCAUCUGAAUAUGAAGCCCUACAAGUGAGAGACUUGAGGUCGAGGGUUUACUCAGAAAGGUAAUCUUAAAAUACAUCAAAAAGUUCAUGCCUAGAGCUAACGAUAGUGGUCUACUUUUAAUAAGUUUUAUUGAAAAAUGCUUUGGCUGCUUUCUUUGUUUAAAUCCUUAUUAUAAAUACUCUAAUACUAAGAUCCUUAAGAAUUUUUG